UGAAAUCUAAAAUCAAGUUUUGGGGCAUCAUGGGAGAUCAAAUCAAGAAGAAACCCAGAAUCCUCUGCCUCCACGGUUUCAGGACCAGUAGUCAAAUCCUCAAGCAACUAGUCUCACGGUGGCCAGAAUCUGUGCUACAGAAGCUGGACCUUGUAUUUCUCGAUGGCCAAUUUCCAGCACAGGGAAAAUCAGACGUUGAAGGCAUUUAUGACCCUCCUUACUAUGAAUGGUUCCAAGCCCAUAAGGAUUUCAGUGAGUACAGUAACUUUGAAGAAUGCUUAGCAUACAUUGAAGAUUACAUGGUGAAAAAUGGCCCUUUUGAUGGUUUUCUAGGAUUUUCUCAGGGAGCAAUUUUAGCUGCUUCACUGCCAGGAAUGCAAGAACAGGGAGUAGCACUUGGGAAGGUAGAGAAGAUCAAGUUCCUGAUUGUGAUAUCAGGAGCCAAGUUUGGAGGGAAGAAGUUUGGAUUGCCUAAAUUGGCUUCCAAUGCAUUUUCAAAACCAAUUGAGUGCCCCUCUCUUCACUUUAUAGGGGAGACCGAUUUCAUGAAGCCAGAGAGCAUUGCUCUGCUGGAAGCAUUCGUGGAUCCUCUUGUGAUUCAUCACCCAAAAGGGCAUACAAUCCCCAGGCUUGAUGAUAAGAGUCUUGAAACUAUGCUCAGUUUCAUUGACACCAUUCAGGGGAUACAAUCGGAUGGUCAAGGCAAGACUUGAACUUUGAUGGAUACAUAUUAUUUGCCUAUCUGUCAGUCUUAUGAGGGAAAAGGAACGAUCUGCUGCAUUGUAAUAAAAAUGGCUAAGCAAGCUCAAUUUAAGCAUUGCGAUAUUGCUCCUUCGAGAUUGUUAUUCCGUUGAUGUAAGUCUCAUUAGACAGCCUUAUGGCUAGAAUCUAAUUUACUUUGACCCCCCAAAAAAUAAGGCAUUCAUCAUUGAUUUGAGCAUCAAUUAAAGGGGUUCUGUCAUGAGUCGGGCGGGUAACAAACCCAAUGAUUCUCUAAUAAAAGCAAUUAUUUAAGGAA